UGACAAGAGAAAACGAACGAUGACUGAGCGGCGGUUGAGAUGCUGUUCAUUCAUUUUUGGAUUGAAUUGAACAUUUGAAAUUUUGUAACAUUACUUUUCCUUUAGGAAGCCGCUUUAUAGCUCAGCUGUAUAGUUAUUCAGAAGGCCACACUAUAACUGAUAAUGGACUCCUUUUCGCACUAUCUGCUGUCAGCUUAAGCAAUCUUAAUUUCAUCAAAUACUAUUUUUGAAAAAAAAAUAUUGUGAAAAAAAAAACAAGCUAUCCCCAAGAUUAAGCCGUAAAUCAGAUGUUUUUUUGAUAAAAUAAACAAAAUAUAACGGAACUCAAGUGGGCCUUGAUAUCAUCCACCAAACUCACUGAAACAUUGUAAGAAGUGAUUUUUUAGCUAAGUUAUCAAAAGACUAAAAUGGAAAAAUAUGCUGAAGUCUUACAUUUGUCUUCAGAUAAGUAUUUUAAAUAAAUUAAAUCAAAUCAAUUAAAGAUGGAUUUUGAGGACAUCUUGUUGGAUGUGGGUGAUUAUGGAAAGUACCAACAAAGCCUCAUCAGAUAUUUUUUAAUACCUGCUGCAUUGCUGCUACCAUGGGUUAGUAUGAAUAUAUUUUUCAUGGUCUCCGUGCCUGAUCAUUGGUGUAAUGUGCCAGAACUUGUUUCAUCUAAUUUAAGUAUUUCUGAUCAAAGAUCUCUUAUUAGUCCACCUGGAGAUAAAUGCCAUAUGUACAAUUUAAACUUUACCGACUUUUUGGACAACGGGAGUUAUGUUAUUCCAGAAAAUACUACUACCAGCCCCUGCAAUCAAGGCUGGCAAUAUGAUAACACUAACUGGGACACCACAGCGUCGACAAAAUGGAACUUGGUUUGUGAGGAUGAUCACUAUUAUAGUUUUGUCUUGAGUAUGUUCAAUGUUGGAAGCAUUGUAGGAACACCUAUAUAUGGAAUGUUAGCCGACAAAAUCGGAAGGAAAAUAGCUUUUUUCAUAGUAAUGUUUGUCACGGCAGUCACCUCUAUAUCUUCAGUUCUCAUGAAUGACUUUAUUGCUUUUUUAGUAAUCAAAACCAUUAACGGAACCCUAAUGCCGUGUGCUUUUCAGUUGCCGUAUAUCAUAAUUUUGGAAAUAGUCGGACCUGAAAUGCGAACAAGAAUGAACGGACUAGUGAAUUGUUCUUGGUCUGUUGGUCUCUGCCUAUUGUCGCUUAUUGCUUAUUUUUCCAGAAGUUGGAUUAUAUUGGGUUUAGUGACCUCUUCUGUUACCCUUCUUUUCGCACUGUACUGGAAGUUUCUCCCGGAAUCACCUCGAUGGCUUGUUUCCCAAGAAAGAUACGAAGAGGCAACAGACAUCAUGAUGCAAAUAGCAGAAAAGAAUGGAAAAACACAAGACAGAACUGCACUUACUCAAAAAUUACAGGUAAUUGGUGAAAAAUUGAAGCAUGAAAUUAUUGUGGAUGGGGUUCAGAACUCAGCAGUUGAUCUCAUCAGGUAUCCCCAGAUGCGAAAGAAGUUUAUAAUAAUUACUGUUUGCUGGACAACAAAUAUAAUGGCAUACUACGGACUACAAAUCAACGUGGCUAAUCUUGCUGGUAAUGAGUUUGUUAACUUUUUUCUACUUUCUUUGGUUGAGGCACCCGGAUACAUAACCUGUUGGGUAUUCAUGGACAAAUUUGGCCGAAGAUGGUGCGCUGUUGUUGGAUUUCUUCUAAUUGGUUUUUCUUGCAUGAUACCAUUAAUAGAUUUGCCCUACGUUGAUGUGGUAUGCUCAAUGAUUGGUAAAUACUUUGCCGCUGGGACAUUUAUGGCUACAUAUCAGCAGAGUUCGGAGUUGUACCCAACAGUUGUCAGAUCUUUAGGAAUGGGAAUGAGCAGUACACUAGCCUCGAUCGUUACUCUUAUUGUUCCUUACGUCAUCUAUUUGAGUAUUUACGGCAAAGCUAUUCCUUUUGUGAUCAUUGGAUUGUGCUGCAUACUCUGUGGUCUUUUGGCAUCUUUUCUUCCAGAAACUCUGAAUGAAAAUUUACCACAAAGUAUCUAUGAGGCUGAAGAGUUUGGUAGAUCUCAGAAAUUCUUCUCUUGGAAUAGACGACGAAGUUCAGUAAGUAAGGAAAGGAGGGCUUCACUUGGUUUGAAAUCAAAAAAUAUUUAUACAGUUUCUAAUGAAACGAAAAAUCAAGAUUCCAAUGAAAAGACUCUUUCUGAUAGUUGUUAAAAUAUGUGCCUGGAAUUUAGACAAACGAAUGGUCUCCAAGAUUCAAUAGAAGCUGAACGUGAAACCACAGAGAAAAAUUCAACCUGAAAAGAAAAGUAUGUUAUGCCAAGGAAAAUUUGACUUCAACAUAUAAAUGAUCUCUACUCCAUACCACUUCAGCUAACAGAAGUGUGCUGACCACUGGAAAUUGCAAAGAAAAACCAUUGAGAAGUUUUGCAUGUAAAUAAAAUACUUGGAACUAU